CUGGACUCUAUUUCCUCGCCGACUGAAGACGUGUCCGAGGGAGCAGAUGAGCUGCAGGAUGCUGCUGCUGCUCUUCAUCUCGCUGCUCUUCAUCCUCCCCUCCUGUGUCUGCCGUGAGUUCUCUCCCGUGUGGGUGAAGCCCUCCGGCCCUCAGAAACAUGCAGGACCCUUCGUAGUGAACGUGACACAGAGCUCCUAUCAGGCAGAGGAGAACCACAGCGCCACACUGGAAUGGACCUUCACCACCAACACUGAGCGCCCCUCUGACUCCCCGGAUGUCCUCUGUGAACUGUUAGCUGAUAUCAGGCCCUUCAACAUAUUGUAUGUACAAGAUGGAGUCCAGAACCCAAAGUAUCAGGAUGAACACUUUGCAGGACGAGUCCAGUGGGACCAAGACCUCCUCAGAGGAGGACGAGUCAGACUUCAUGUGUCCAGACUCAGGACUUCUGACUCGGGUCAGUACUUGUGUGAAGUGUCCACAAGUUAUGGGAUGAACUUUGAGACGUGUCGGCUCAAUGUCUCUGCAGUGAGGGAUCGACCCGAGACAAACGGACCAGAUGGGGGAAGAGAUUCCUCAGGGACAGAAAGUCGCCCACAGCCAGAGAGUCGGGGACGGAUCGUCCUCUACUGUGUACUGAUGACAGCUCUUCUGGUUCUUCUGGUUCUUCUCCUCAGUGGACUGAUAAGAAGUCCUACUCAUGAGAGAGGAGUCCUCUGUGCAGCCAUCAAGGAGCUGAAGUUCCUAAAGAGAGAACCCAAGAGGACUGACAGGCCUCUGCCUGGAGGACCCCCUUUAGAACAAGUCCUCAGUGAAGAGGGACUCCCUUCAGGAUCGAAAGAUGUUGACCUGCUGCUGGAGGCCAGUCCAUCCAGGGCACAUCUUGAGACAGACACUAUUCACACUCACAUUCACACAUAUGGGCAAUUUAGAGUUCAAUUAACCUGAGCAUGUCUUUGGACUGUGGGAGGAAGCCGGAGAAAAUCCCUGAUUGAAAGAUGUUGACAUGCUGCUGUCCAUGAAAAACAUGGUAUAACAAGUGAUGUACCAAAACUAUGAUACAUCAUUUACGUAAUGUAUUUCUUUCGACUGACAUUUUUAAAAUAUAUUUAUAUAUUUUUUAUUUUAAAGUGUUACUGUUUUGUAAUGUUCAAAUCAAACUGAAAUGUAUUGUUUCAUUGUU